UCUUGGGACAAAAACCUGGGGAUGUCCAGGGUAGGGGACAGGAGUACCACCACCUACCCCACCUUAUCCCCUCUUUUCCCUAAGCAAACCUGCUCCCUGGUCUCUAACUCAAUAGCCUCACUGACUGCAGUAUGCCCCCAGGUGAAGACCAAGCCCUGCCACUGGGGCUGGAGAGCUGCAAGCCUGCUGUUACUGCUGCUGGCACUGGCUACUGCAGGGGCUGUGGCCGGAGGGCUUCUUGGGUUUGCUCAUAGCCCUUCCAAGCCAUUGCUGCAGAUGCUCCGGCUGACCUUCCCAAGCCCCCAAGUGCCCUGGUCCAAUCAAACCACCAUCGUGGACGUGGCCCAGAAUAUGGCAACCAUUAUAGUGACUCCACCUCAGAGCAACCGCAGCUGGGCAGUGCUGUUCGACGGGCAGAGCGGCUGCAUCUGUUACCGCCCUGCAGAGCACCAGGCCUGCUUUCUCCGCCUGAUGGAGGCCCGAGAUCGGGAAACCCUGCAGCUGCUGAUGAACACCUCCAGGGCCCAAGGGUCCCUCAGCCAAGGUCAUGACACCCACCAUGCCCAGGAGCUGCUGGCAGUGCUUGGGAGCCACACUGUGGAUCCUGCCCAGGUGGGGGCUUCAGUGCAGCACCUUUGUGCAAAGACCCCCAUCUACUGGGCCCGUCAAGCUGAGGGUGAGUUGGGGCAAGAUGUGUGGAGGGGCUGUGUGGCUCCUGCAGAACAAUCUACAGAACUACAUAGGAGUGCUUUGGAAAUUCAUGAGUCUCCCUCCCACCCAGGGCCCCAGAGGCAGCGGCUGAUCUAUCUCUGCAUUGACAUCUGCUUCCCAAGCAACAUCUGUGUGUCUGUCUGCUUUUAUUACCUCCCAGACUAAGCCCUCUGCCUGGCCCAGCCUGGCC